AUGUCCGACCGAGACGCUAAAACACCCCGUGUAGUUGUUAUGCGGCACGGAGAGACGGAGUGGGCCGCAAAGGGCUACUUCACCGGGAAAACCGAGAUCGAUCUUACCCCAAAUGGUGUCAAGCAGGUCGAAUCAACCGCAUCGCUUAUUGUAGGCGCCGGCAAGCUCCUUGAACCGUCCCGCCUCGCGCAUAUUAUAGUCAGCCCGAGGAAGAGGACGCAGAGAACUUUGGAUUUGCUUGCGCUGUCGCCGUCUGAGUUUCAUGCGGUAAUCGUCUGUACCGAGGAUAUGAGGGAGUGGGAUUAUGGCGAUUAUGAAGGCAUGACGGAUGUUGACAUUAGAAAAUUGAGGAAGUCAAGGGGACUGGACAAAAUUAGGGAAUGGAAUAUCUGGGAAGAUGGAUGUGAGGGCGGAGAGUCGAAUCAGGAGGUAACCGAACGAGUGGACAGAAUCAUCACGCAGAUUCGAGACCUUCAAAGUCCUUGCAUGCAUGGUGGGAAGGCCGCCGAUGUUCUAAUUGUGGCACACGGUCUCAUUCUAAGAUGCUUUAUGAAACGCUGGAUUGGUUAUGAAAUCGAAAAUCCCCUCCCGAUGACUUUUUCCCCGGGGGCAGUUGCCGUCAUGAGUUAUCGCAAAGAGGACGUUAAUCAACCAGUCUUUCACCUCGGUCUGGCCCUACCAUCUGCGCCGCAUGCAUAG